CUCUAACCAUGUCGUGCCGUGCUAGCCCGUGUACGGUACGUACCGGUGGCUACGUACACUCGGGAGUCGGGACGCAGAAUUGAAGAGAGUGGGAAAUUAAUUUUCAGUUUCCUAUUUCACUUCCCUGUGUCUCUUGGCUUCCUCCAAAUUCCGCUCUCAUCUGAAACCCUAAAAAAUCAAAUCGUCAAACGACGAUUCAUCUGCACAUGCAAAUCGUUUAACUUACCCGCCGCGCCGCUCACUGACAAACCUACUGCUGAACUCGGUCGCCAAACACUCGCCGGCGGACCUCCCAUUCGAUUUUGGGGAGUUGGUUCGAAAAUCGCCAGCUAGUCACUCACCAUCGGACCUCCUGCCGAUCUCCUCAUCUCACGAGCUAGUCCUCGCUCCUUCUACUUGUGAGCUCUCUCUCUUCGUCUCUACCUCCCUCAAUCGUUCAAUUUCUAGCUCAAUACUUAGAAAUUCAUCAAUGGCGCGCACUGUUUGGCUGCUAAGUAAUGGGUGUUGUUUUGUGACUCACUUUGUAGAUUAAGUUGCGAUACUCAGUCUCUAUUAUCUGAAAACGCAUUAGUUUUGUUUCCGUAUGAAACAUUAUGCUCUGAUGAAUGGAUAGCUUUUGUUCGUUCCGCCAGUUCCAAGAAGCUGUUCUUUGAUUUCUUUUUUAAUUCCAGCAAGUUGUCCAAUAUAUUGCAGGGAGAAUAAACUUUUUUUUCUUCUUCUGUUGAGUCCCCCUUCAAUUUAUAAGUUGAUCGGUUGGUAAAUUUGAUUUGGAGCUUCUCAGUUUUCAGUUUUCCCUUGCAAUAUUCUGUUGCAAUCUGUUUCUCUUGUCAAAUGAGUAGUCCAGCAACUGUGUUAAUUAGUGAGAAGAACCUUUUUUUCUGGUUCGAGGUUGGAUAUUGUUUGACCACCAAUUAAUGGUAAAAAAAAAAGAAGAAAUUACAGUAAUCUUGUUAACCACCAUUUUUGUACAUACUCAAAGCAGUAACAUUUUUUUCUUCCUUAUGGAGUUCAUCAAAAGAAGUCCCAAAGUUCUUCACUUUCUGAUAACAUGGAGCUCCCCUGACUCUCGAUCAACAUGUUUGAUUCCCCUACUCUUGGCUUUUUUGUGGCAUGUUGGUGGCCUGUAUUUUGUGGCACUAUUUUUCUGAUUGGAGAAUCUUAUGUAGUUUUUUGUUUCUUUGUUUCUUUUACAGCCGUCCCUCUUGGCCUCCUCAUCAGUGCCCGUUGUACUAGCUAGACCGCUGUAAUCUCCACUCACCGUCUCCAACGCUUGCAUACCUCAAAUCCUCCGAAGUCCAAAAUGAGCGGCGUGGGGCUGAGGAGGCUCCUUGAAACUGCGGUGACCCAAGGGGUGACAGAAGCUAGAGCUAGGAUAUUUGGGCAUGUUCUAAACCCAACAGGACAACGAUCUCCCCACAAAUUACUCCGGAAGAAGCUCAUCGGCGAGAAAGUCUCCCAGUGGUACCCUCACGACAUCACUAAGGACGACCCUCUUAUCAUGGCCGCUCGAGAACAGGAGCGGCUGUCCAAGCUUGAGAUGUUGAAACGUCGUGGGAAGGGCCCCCCUAAGAAGGGGCAAGGAAAGGGUGCCGCCAAGCGUAACAAAGGGAAAUAGAUCCAUUGAUGCAUACUUCAGAUUAGAUUCUCGGAGUUUGUUUUCAUUUAUAACAACCCAGAAUUUGUAUUUGCUUCGUUGAUGGCUUGUAUUUUGGCCAUCAAUCUGGAGGAGGGUAUAGUUAUCUCUCUAAAUGAAAGGUCGUUUAUCUGGUAUUUGCGAAUCAUAACAUUUUCUACAGCUUUUGAUUCUUCUUUAUCAAAUGUUACUGUUCGUGCACAUCUAAUCUAGCAAGAGUAGGGAAUCUGUCGUUUCGAGAUUGUUGAGAACAUGCUUUCAGGAAUAAGGUAAUGACAAUCAG